AUGGUUGAAUCACAGCGUCUUAUGUAUAUUAGAUUUGACCAGAAGAAUAUAAGAUCUCAUAUAUUGCAAGGGGUUGAAGAAGCCAUGGAACGAGGAGAUGUUGAUGCGUGUUCCAUUGGAACCAGGAUUGUGUUACCGUCUUCUUUUACUGGGGGCAGAAGAUAUAUGUUUAAUAAUUGUCAAGAUGCUAUGCCUAUUUGCAAACAAUAUGGUUAUCCUGAUUUAUUUAUUACUAUAACUUGCAACCCGAGUUGGCUGGAGUUUCAAAGAUACACUGAACGCUCUCAUAUUGCUAUAUCUGAUCGGCCUGAUCUUGCAUGUAGGUUGUUUGAGUUGAAAAUUCAAUCUUUGAUGACUGAUUUGAAGGAUGGAGUCUUCUUUGGACCUGUGAAUGCCGGGAUGUAUACAAUUGAAUUUCAAAAAAGGGGUUUGCCACAUGCACAUAUUUUGGUUUGGCUUCAAAAUGUGAGUAGGUUACAAACAACUGAAAUCAUGGAUGAGGUUAUAUCAGCUGAGUUACCAGAUCCAGUUAGAUUUCCAAAGUUGUAUAGUGUUGUUACCAAAUAUAUGAUUCAUGGUCCUUGUGGUUUUGAUAAAGAUGGUUAUCCAAUAUAUAGAAGGCGAAAUAUGGGGAUUACUUAUAAAAUAAAUGGUAUGGAUGUGGAUAAUCGAUUUGUUGUUCCUUAUAAUCCUAUGCUCCUUAUGAAAUAUCGAGCUCAUAUCAAUUUUGAGUUUUAUAACAAGUCAAAUGUCAUCAAGUAUUUGUUUAAAUACAUAAAUAAGGGGCCAGACCGCAUCACUGCGUCAAUUAGAAAUGUACAAACUCAGGAAAAUGGUGGUCAAGAUGUUGAUGAGAUUAAGCAAUUCUAUGAUUGUCGCUAUCUAGUGCCUUGUGAAUCUGCUGGGAGACUAUUUGCAUUUGAUAUUCAUCAUAAGUGGCCAUCUAUUCAGCGGUUGAUAUUCCAUUUGCCUGGAAAUCAGAAUCUAUUAUUCGCUGACCAUGAUAAGAUUCCUGAAAUUGUUGAGAAGAACAAGUAUAAGGAUACAAUGUUUACUGCGUGGAUGCAAGCUAAUCUUAAGUUUUCGCAUGGUAAUAAGUUAUUAUAUUCUAAAUUUCCAAAUCAUUUUGUUUACUUGCGUGAUUCUCAAGAAUGGGGUUGUAAAAGUUUUGAAAGCAUUCGCACUGUUGAUGGUGUUGUAUAUGAUUCUUUCAAGGCUGCGUGCAAUGCUCUUGGUUUAUUGAGUGAUGAUCAGGAGUUCAUUAAUGCUAUUAAAGAAACUGCAGAAGUCUCAUCUAGUUUUCAGUUGCGUCAGUUGUUUGUUACACUGUUAGCAUCUAAUUCAAUGAACAAACCAGAGUUGGUAGGGAGAGACACUUGGAGAUUGUUAGCUGAUGACAUUUUAUAUUAUAGAAGACGAGAGUUACAAUUGCAAGAGCUCGUGAUGACAGAAGAGGAACUUGAAGUUCUUUGUUUGAUUCAAGUUGAAAAAUUAUUGCAAAUGAAUGGCAGAAGCUUGAAAGAUUAUUCCCAAAUGCCUUUUCCUAAUCAGGAUUUGGUUUCCCAUUUUUCAAAUUCUAUGAUUAUGAAUGAGAUGAAUUAUGAUGUAGAUCAACUUCGGGAAGAACAUGAUGUAAAUUUGGACAAAUUGAUAGAUGAGCAAAAACUGAUCUAUGAGAGAAUAAUUGAUACAGUUACCAAUAAAAGACCUGGAUUCUUUUUUGUGUAUGGAUUUGGUGGAACUGGAAAAAUAUUUCUGUGGAGAUUGUUGUCUUUUCGUCUUCGAUUAGAACAGAGAAUUGUUUUAAAUGUUGCUUCUAGUGGUAUUGCAUCUUUAUUGCUCCCUAAUGGGAGGACUGCACACUCAUUGUUUUGCAUCCCCAUUGAGCUGAAUGAGGAAUCUGUUUGUAGUAUUAAGAAAGAUAGUCAGCGAGCGGAACUCAUCCGUCGUGCUUCUCUAAUAAUAUGGGAUGAGGCACCCAUGAUGAACAAGUUGGCGUUUGAAGCGCUUGAUAGAACUUUCCGUGACAUAAUGAGUUCAAAAGUUGCUUCGACUCGUGAUAUUCCGUUUGGUGGGAAAGUUAUUGUUCUUGGUGGUGAUUUUAGACAAGUGUUGCCAGUUAUUCCGAAAGCAACUCGUGCUGAAAUAGUUAUGGCUUCAAUUAAUUCGUCAAUUCUUUGA